UUCAGAUUUUCUACUGAUGUACCUGGUUUAACAUUUACUGAUCAGUUUCUACAGAUAACAACUAGACUACCAUCUUCUAAUCUUUAUGGUUUUGGUGAACAUAAUCAUCGUAGAUUUCAACACGAUAUGAACUGGAAAACAUGGUCUAUGUUUGCCAGAGAUGCUGCCCCUAUAGAUGCAAUCAAUUUGUAUGGUUCUCAACCAGUUUAUAUGAAUCUAGAAGAUGAUGGUACAGCUUCUAUGGUUUUAUUGAAAAACAGCAAUGGAAUGGAUGUAACACUACAACCAGAUCCUAACCCAGCUGUAACAUACCGUGUUAUUGGAGGUGUUCUAGAUUUUUAUAUCUUUGUUGGUGACAGUCCAAAUGAAGUUGUAGCAAGUUAUAUUCAGGCUAUAGGUAAACCAAUGAUGCCACCCUACUGGGCUCUAGGUUAUCAUCUAUGUAGAUGGGGUUAUACAGAGUUAGAUGAUAUGAAAAUGGUGAUGAAAAGGAAUAGAGAGGCUGGAAUCCCUUAUGAUGGUCAAUGGGCAGAUAUUGAUUAUAUGGAUCAGUAUCAAGACUUUACUUAUGAUAAAAAUAAAUGGUUUGGUUUACCGGAAGUUAUAAAUGAGAUCCAUGAUAUGCACCAGAAAACUUUAAUAGAUAAUGAUAAAAAAUCUGCUCCUGGUUUUAAUAUGUUUGAUGAUGGCGUACAACAAGGUGUGUUUAUCAAGAAUUCAAGUGGAGACGUUUUAAUAGGAAAGGUGUGGCCAGGUAUAACAGCUUAUCCUGAUUUCACCAAUCCGAAAACAGAAGACUGGUGGUUUAAAUGGAUGAACUUCUUUCAUGAUAAUCAAUCUAUUCAAUUUGAUGCUUUGUGGAUUGACAUGGACGAACCGUCGAAUUUUGUUGAUGGUUCUUUAACAGGGUGUGAAAAUAAUUCCCUAAACUAUCCACUAUUUAAAGCAAAUAUUCUUGGAACUGAAAAUGAUGGAAAAUUGUUUGCUAAAACACUAUGUAUGGACAGUCAACAACAUUGGGGACGACAUUAUGAUGUACAUAGUUUAUAUGGUCACAGUGAAGCUAUACAAACUUAUAACGCUCUUCUCAGACAGUUUCCUGAAAAACGACCCUGGACGAUGACGAGAUCUAAUUUUGUAGGAACUGGUAAAUAUGCUAGUAAAUGGAUGGGAGAUAAUCAGAGUAUUUGGCCACAUCUUCACUGGUCCAUUAUCAGCAUCAUGGAAUUUAGUAUGUUUGGAUUUGCUUUGAAUGGAGCUGAUAUUUGUGGAUUUUGGUUUGAAGCAGAAUAUGAAAUGUGUAUAAGAUGGCAUCAACUGGGAGCUUUUUAUCCUUUUGCUAGAAACCAUAAUGGACGUGGUGAUGAUCCUCAUCAAGAUCCAGCAGCGUGGGACCAGAGAUUUAUAGAUAUAGUUAAACCUGCUUUAAUGACAAGAUAUCGUCUUCUACCAUAUUUAUAUACUUUAAUGUUUAAAGCACAUCAGUAUGGUGACAUGGUUAUGAAAGCUCUGUUAUUUGAAUUCCCACGUGACACGAUUGCCAGAUCAAUUGAUCAUCAGUUUUUACUGGGACCAGCCUUACUUAUAUCUCCUGUAUUAGAACCGAACCAAACUCAUGUACACGCCUAUUUUCCUCGGGCAAGAUGGUAUGAUUAUCACACGGGAGAAGAAAUACCAGAAACACCGACUUAUCGCCAACUCUAUACGCCAUUAGAUAAAUAUAAUUUACAUAUUAGGGGAGGGCAUGUUAUACCCUGGCAUGAACCGGGUAAUACCACCUAUGAAAGCCGAAAGAAUUAUUUUGGUAUUUCAAUUGCUCUAGAUGAAAAUCAUCUUGCUAAUGGUGAACUAUUUUGGGAUGACGGUGAAAGUCUAGGUUAG